AUGUUUGAUUCUGUCCAAAGUCCAGUUUUGGUGGUAGAACUGACACUAGACCGGUUAGAAGGCACACAGCUACGAGCAUUGGGUCUCCUGCAGGUGUUUGGUCUCAAUGUAACGUUCGCUGUACGGCCACCAGCCCUUACGCCCGCCCAAGCACAGGCUUCCUGCAGCGCAAUUGAGUGCCGUUUGCUUGGACAUUGUUAUGCCUCUUCUGAUUUUACAGAAUUCUCAUGUUCAUGCUUCGAGGGCUAUUCGGGUCCCGACUGCGGUAUCGGCCCACUGUGUCCUACCACAUCUAACUUAUGCAAAAAUAACGGAAUAUGCAGGCAAAUGGGGCCAGCGGCCGUAAGUUGCAUCUGUGCGCCGGGCUACACUGGCGACCUUUGUGAAUCAGAAAUAGCCGCUCCAGAGUGCGGAAUUGAAGAAUGCUCAGAAAACUGUACAGAAGGAAAAAAUUGUGACUGCAAUCCGAAAGACAGUGAUAGCAUGUCUGCUCGUUUUGAAACAAAACUGCAGAUCGCAGAUAGCGAAAACGCAAAUAUAACCAAAGAAGUCACAGAGCAGAUAACUGAUUAUCUGCGAUCAUCAAACAUAACUCUACACGAUGAAAUCGAAGUCUUAAAUAUAAGUUCAGCAAACCACAACAGUCGCACUGUAUGGUUGCGCGUUUGGGGCUUACGGCGUGAGGCCGGCGCAGUUCGAACCGCUUUAGCAAGACUUGCGUCACGCGGCACUGACUCGCUUCGACUCUUGCCCGUGACAUUGCACUUCGAAAUGCAGCCGGCACUUAGCUUACACAAAUUAAUAAUAAAUCAGCAUCCAGAAGUAUGGGAAGGUGCAGAGUUCAUACUGAGUUGUAUGUCUUAUGGCUCACCUAGUAUCACUUUCACGUGGUAUAAGGAUGGAGUCAGAAUCAACUUUAAAGGUACUACGAGAGGUAUAUGGACUCGGACGGUCGCAGAAGACGCGUUAGGCCGCCGUAUGUCAGUACUAGGAGUGUCGUCUGCCAAGAAGCUGGAUAGUGGCAAGUGGUCCUGCGCAGCCGAAGACGCGGGUCGACGGAGGUGUAGUGCCUUGAGAAUUACAGUUUUCCGUCCACCAAAUAUCAUCCUUGUUCCAUCCACACUUACACUGAAUAAAGGUGACAAUGUCAGUAUAACCUGUUUGGCCGGUGCAGGAAGGAUGCAUGGGACAUUAGGGUUCAGUUGGGCUCGAGAGAAAAGUCUCCUUGCCCUGGCACCAGGUCGUGAAGUUUGGGAGGAUCUUUACCCCGCUGGGAGUGUACUUAAAUUAUAUAACGUUCAGAAAUCCGGUGAAUACAGCUGUCAAGUGUCAUCAGCAGCUGGUGCCAACUCUAAAUCCGUCACAGUGUGGGCACUGAGCCCAACUGAAGAUGUGUGUCCAAGUGAACCCUCCCAUGGUAUACGAUGGCCUCAAACCGCUCCAGGUGCUCAUACUGUGGCUAACUGCCCAGUUGGAUAUACUGGUGAAACUACAAGAUUUUGUGAACCAAAAACGAUUCAAUCUGGCGUAAAGUGGGCUCAUCCAAAUUUCUCCGGCUGCAUCGACGAAUCAUUACAAGAUACUUAUGAACAGUUCACUCGAAUAUCUUACGGAUACUCCUGGGUGCCCGUAAACGAUGUUUUACGCCAAUACGGAUCAAUACUCCGAUCUCUGCCUAGUCAUCCGGGUGCCGCUACAGUACCACUUCACCAUAAUAUUGAUAUCCUAAAUUAUCUCCGGUCUCCCGUGGCUCAGAGGAAAGAUAGAGAAUUAAGUGCUGAACCACUCUUGAGGAUAUACGACAUGUUGCUAAAGUAUCCCGAUGGGUUCCUGGAUGAGCAGAAAAUUUACGAUCUCCAAAACGCAAUAGUGGACACAGCGACAAUGAAGGAAGAGCUUCAUUUUGUGGGCCAAGACUAUUCUGCAGAAGUCAGAUUAGUAUUAGACAAGGCACACUUCGUUUUCCCAUUAAGCCCGAAUUCUGAAGAAUGGUUAUUGACAUCUAUGGACGUGGAAGUAGAGGGUCAGGGGAACGUGUCUAUGGCUGUAGUUAAUUAUAAGGAUCUGUCGUCUUGCCUACCUUCUUUGCGAAGAUCUAUUGGACUUAUGGGCGAUCGUGAAGUUGAAUACAAUAUGGCGUCUUCACAAUCUCAAGUUCGAGCGUAUGGUGGGCAUGAUGCCCAAUAUAUAGUCACACUGCUUUUCACACAUGCAAAGAAUUACACCGCUAUUGAAUCGAAGUUGGCCUGCGGCUUACGAACCGCAACAGAUCCUUCGACUUGGGAUAUAAAUGCGUGCGAAGUGAGGGUCCCUGAGCCAAGCCACAUUUCUUGUCGAUGUCGUGGUUUGGCUACGUACGCGCUCUUCACUGUUGCACGCUCCACACUCACAGAUGCAGAAAGGGACCUGGGUGAAAUUGUUAAAGUGACGGUUGGCUUGGGAGGUGCACUGUGCCUUAUGGCCGCCUUCAUACAGUUCGUGACUGCAAUAUCUGGCGGCCCAAGACUAGCGGCAAUUUUAAGAAUGGUUACUGCUGCGUCAAAUGCGGCUGCUUUGCUGACGUUACUCGAAUGCGAUACUAGGCAGGAAGAAUCGUGUCCGGGUGUAUAUGGGUGGAUUUGCGCAGCGAGUUGGUGCAUCGCGUGUGCCGCACUUUGCGCACAGCCUUUAUUACUGCAAGCCGAGUUAGCUGGACGACCACAGAGAGCCAGCUCCGUUGGAAUACUUGCUGGUUUCGGUACCAUAGUAUGGCUUUGCGCUAGACUAUGGGGUGGGGCCCCACUACAGCUAGGCUCUGGUGCUCAACUUAUAUGCGCAGGCGGCUGUACGCUGCUGACGCUACUAUGUGCGGUUUUAGCGUUUUGCGCUGCGUAUAACAUGCGCAUAGUUAAGCGCAAGGUGCCGGCUGAGAGGCGGACUUAUUUAAGUAACAGAAUUCGCAUAGUCCGUCAUACUCUCAUCCUAUUGGUCACGACGUCUGCCGCGCAGAUGGCCAGCAUUGCGUACGCGCAACCUGGUGACCGAAAAUUAACCCUUGUUGCCGGACUUGCCGUUACCGCAUUGGCUGAUGGAUUGUCAAUGUUCCUCUGCUACGUGUUAUGUGAUGACGACAGCAUUCAACUCGCGCGUCGAUUAAUGUCCCUUCCUUCAGGCAAUAAGCAGCGAGGAGACACCACAUUAAGCUUGUACAUCGCACAAAGCGGAGAGGCCGAGAGUCUAGGCUUCGACGGUUCCUCUCCCAUCACUCCGCUCUCUUCUUACUGGAGGUUCGAUAGUCCCUCUAAGAUUCACAGAAAUUCGCAAGAUAGUCGCGCUGAUAUAGUGCGAAGUACCGAAUACACCGCCAGCCCGCAUAAUCCGAGAAAAAUUAACACUCGGGCCCUUUGCGACCUCAUCCCUCAGCCUGAUUUAAGCUCCACAUACAUUGAGCUGAAAGUCCCCAAACAAGAUAUCCUUAACUUCGAUCCUCCUAACAAAGUAAGACCCUUUAAAAUUAAUUUCACAGAUCUCAACAUACCUAGAUGCACCUUAUGCCAAUCUAACCCAGACAUAUCCCUUCCAAUAAAAAGCUGUUUGAAAAAACCAAAAAUUUUCACAUCCAGUAUUUCAUUACCAGCCGAGGAAAAUCUAAAAACAAAUAUAGAGUUAAUUAAUAUUAAGUGGAAUCAGGUGUACGAUUCUCCAACGGACCAAAUGAUUAAUAAAAUUUCUCAUGAUUUAGAUUUUUUGCUAAAUAGAAAGAAUAAAGAUAUUCAAAUACAGGAAGCGCCCACCUAG